CCCGCCGCUUUGCGCGCUCGCCAGUCGCCCUCGCGAUGUCCCUCUGCGCCGGACCGUCCUGCGCGGGGCGGUCGCCCCCACGCCCACCGCCGGGCCUCGUCCUGCUGCUCCUCCUGUCGCUGCUGGCUCUGCUGCAGUCUCCCGCCUCAGGCCGGCAGGCCUCCUCCCCUGGACACACUCCACCGGUGGCCCCGAUGGACCGGGCCCCGGUGGUGAGCUCGGCCGACCCGCCGGAAUUGCAGUUUCCCCGCGCCCCGGUGCCACUUUUUGGCGGUGUCUCAUUCCACACCGUGAACACGCUGCUUGCCAAGGAAACUUCGAUCGCCAUCAUUGGCCAGGCCGCCGACAGUGCGCAGCUAUUCUCCCAGGCACUUGUCGACUUCACCACGGCCCCGGAGUGGCGGGCCGGCUGCUAUUUCAGCGAGGCACACCCGAUCGACUCCAUCUCGUCGCCUUUUGCCCUGAGCCUGGGCACGACGCGCUUUGUGCCGAGCCUAUUCCAACCAAAGCCGGCCCUGUUGGAAGUUUCGGAAAACGUCAUGCGACUGGUGCUGGCCGAUUCGGACAGCACGUCGCAUGAACACACCACCCCCACACGUGCACUGGCCAUGGUGGCCGAUUCCCCGGAGAAGGUCUUCGCCAUCAUGAUGAGUUCCAGCGACGUUCCUUCGCUGCUGGUGCUUGCGAGGGACGCCCCCCCGACGAGUUUCGGCCUCCAGCUCAGUCACUUCACGUACGCCGGCGUGCGCGGCGUGCGCGGGUCCCAGCACGCGAUCUUCCUGUGGCAAGGGAACCACAUUGCCCGUGUGACCUUCGACAAUCCAGCCAGCCCCGCCGCCCGGUACCUGGCCCUUCCAUACACCAUCAUCAGCCUGGAGGCCGUUCGUAUACACCCCAAUACCAAUGGCUCCAUGGAUGACCUGCUGGUUCUCUAUGGCAAUGGCGAGUGGGCCCUGUGCACCCAGUGCCAUGGGCUCACUGCCCAGACCGACUUCCGGGUCAUCCACAAACACCCGGCUCCCGUGCGGGGCCGCAUCCUGGCCGUGGCCGGCUACCAGACCGACACCCCGGUGAACAGGGCUUUCUUCCAUGAAACUCUGACACCCAGCGGAGAUGCCCUUUGGCGCAUGGACUUCGAUGCGGAUGCCCAGCUGCUGGGCAUGCGGCCAGUGGCCCUGGCGGCCAAUGCCCUGGCCAAUGCCCCGACCCUGCAGGUGAUGCAGCUCCGGCGGUCCUCCCAAGCCUGGACCAUCGCCCUGGCCGAUCGGUCCUACGUCUACUUCGACGGCUCGGACUUUGGCUGCGGCCCGUCGGGCGACGAGACGAUCGUCUGCUCCCCGAGCAGCCCCGAUGGCUGGGCGUGCAAGACGGGGCACGCGCAGUCGCUUUUCGGCACCCGCGGCCGUCUGUGCGACGCCUGCAGCCCGGGCUGGGGUGCCGAGUAUUUGCCCACCGGCGUCGAGUGCACCAAAUGCCCCGACCCCAAUUGCGCCGUGUGCAACCUGCAACACGGCUGCCUGGCCUGCCUGGAGGGCUUCCGCACCAUCCUCCAGCGAGAUGGCCAGGUAUCCUGCAUCGGCGACCCGGCCUGCCCCGAGGGGACCAUCGAUGAUGGGGUGCUGUGCCUUGCAUCCGAAGCGACCUCCCAUUUGGGCGUUUACCUUCGGCUGGCCGAGUCGCCGGUCCGGGGGCUGGCCCCGGGCGAGGAGGUCGGCACACUGGUGCCCACCUCGCUGGAGGUGGACCCGGCCACCGGCACGCUGCUGCUGCCCGGCCCGGGGCCCGUGGUGCCGGUCGGCUCGCGGGGCAUGCUUUCCCUGCGCGCAGGCGGCUCGCCGGUCUACCUGCGGGAUGACCGCCCGACCGCCGCAUUGGACGCCAUCCCGCUGGGGGAGCUCGGGCCGCUGGCGAACUUGGAUGUUCGCUCCGCCAUGGAGCUUCGGGUGUGGCCGGCAUCGCAAGCUCGCCCAUUCGUGGCGCUGCUCGUGUGCCACACCGGCGGGCUGGUCCUCUUCCACACGCAAUGCCCGGCUGGCUGGUCCCAGCCCCAGGACCCGUGCCCGGUGGAACUCCGCUCUGAGCCCAUCCCCGGCGGGUGCGAGCACAUCGCCCGCCUGGAGGCCCACGCGGCCAGUGUCCUACGUGCCCCCGGGAACGGUGCGCUGCACAUCCGCCUGGACAUGGUCACCGGCAAGCUGCUGCCCUACCCGCCGCAAUCGCACGCCAUCCAUCAUCUGGCCCUGCUCGAGACCCCGAACGUCGGGCUCGGCCCGGGGGACCGGCUUGUCGUGGCCCCCAUCGCGGGGGGCAAGCUUCGCGCCGCCCCGGAGGCCAUGCUCCUCCGGGAGGAGGCCCGAAUGCAAGCCUUGACGAUGGCCGGCGGCAGCCUGCUCCACCCGGGGCUGUCCCUGCCGGCCGGCUGGCAUCCGGUUGUGGUUCGCACCCCGCACCGGGCCGCCUCCCCGGGGGAGCUCUUUGUCACCGGCCUGAUCGCAUCGGCCGACGGCAGCAACCGCGUCUUUUGGGAGGCGCUGCACCUGUCCCAGGGGGUCCUGCCGGUCGGGGCCCGGGCCCAUGCGCUGCCUGCCCGGCGCCAGCGCCUGGCCACCCUGGCCGGUGGCCACCCGCCGGCCUUCCAGGUGCAGGCCAUUCCCCUGCAGGUGCCCGGCGUCCCGGGCGCCCUCGUGGCCAUGACACCGUCUGGCAUCCAUGUGGCGCCGGUCUACUGCCACCCCGUGACGGACCUGUGCGCCGCCCGGCCGGCCGUCGGCCAGCCCUUCGCCUCGUUCCUGCCCCGGCAUCCGGCCGGCCACCUGCUGGCGCCUCGGGCAAGCUCGCUCGUCGGGGCCACCGGCCGGGCCUUCAUGCUGUCCGGCCAUGAGGCCGGCCCGCCGGCGCAGCUGACCAUCGACAUUGUGUCGUGCGCCGGCCCGGGCCAGCAGCCGCCACACUGCCUCGAGUGCCAUGAGUCGUGCCUCGGGUGCGAGGAGGCCGGCCGGGAGGACGCGUGCCUCGGCUGCCCGGCCGGCCGGGUUCUCUUCCAGCGGACCUGCCUCGAUGGCUGCCCGGCCGGCAUGUGGCCCGAUGCCGGGGUGUGUCGGGCCUGCGCCGUCGGGUGUGCCGCCUGCACCGGGCCCGGCUCCUGCUCGGGCUGCCUCCAGGGGGAGUUCCUCAGCCCGACCACCCGCCGGUGCCUCUCCUGCCAGGGGUCCUGCGCCGAGUGCGACGACGACGCGGCCUGCACCGUCUGCAAGCCGGGCAUGGUUUUUUUGAGCCCGGACGCCCAGACCCGGUCCCUGUGCGGAAGCACCUGCCCCCCGGGGCAGCAUGUCGGCGCUGCCCGGUGCGAGGAGUGCAGCGCGCCGUGCUCGCUCUGCGCCGGCCCCGGGCCCGACGCCUGCCUGGUGUGCGCCCCGGGCUUCCGCUGGCUCGGGCCGCCGCCGCCGCAGCCGCAGCCCGACACAGGGGGCACAUGCGUCGCCUGCGCCGAGGGCUGCCACGCGUGCACCGACGCCCGGUGCCUGGCCUGCGCGGCCGGGCUGCUGCUGACCGACGGCGGCGCCUGCGUGGCCGCCUGCCCGGCUGGGUUCUUCAGCAACGGCGAGUCGUGCCAGCCGUGCGACGUCAGCUGCCGGACGUGCGCCGGCGGUGCGGCCGACCAGUGCACCGACUGCGGCGCGGGGCUGGAGCUCGUCGAGGCGGCCCCCGGCGUGGGGACCUGCGUGUCCGGCUGCCCGGAGGGCCAGUACCCGGCCGGGGGCGCCUGCCUGCCCUGCGACGCGGCCUGCGCCACGUGCAACGGCCCAACCGAUAAGGACUGCUGGCGCUGCACCGGGGCCAUCCUCCAGGACACCGAGUGCGUGCAGGCCUGCGCGGCCGGGCACUUUGCCGCCGGCGACCGGUGCCUGGCCUGCCAUGCCUCGUGCGAGGCCUGCACCGGCAGCCGGAGCACCGACUGCACCGCCUGCCCGGCGGGCCUGCUGCCGCUGCCGGCCGGCCAGUCGCCCAUGCGCUGUGUCCCCGCCUGCCCGGUGGGCUCCCGGCUGACGGCCGCCGGCUGUGCCCCCUGCGGGGCCCGCUGCGCCAGCUGCCCGGGCGAGGCGUCCACCUGCGGCCAGUGCGAGCGCGGGUGGCUGCUCGAUGGCCCGGCGUGCGUGGCGUCCUGCCCGGCGGGCAGCUGGCCGCUGGGGGUCGCCUGCUCCGGCUGCCAUGCCGCGUGUGCCUCCUGCCACGGGCCGGGGGCCGGCGACUGCCGGUCGUGCGCGGCGCCGGCGCCCCUGCAGCUGGACAGCACCUGCCAUGGCGCCUGCCCGGCCGGGACCUUCCAGUCCGACCACAUGUGCCUCCCCUGCAGCGGCAUGUGCGCCGGCUGCUCCGGGCCCAGCAGCACCGAAUGCACCGGCUGCCGGCCGCAGGGCUUCCUCCUCCAGGGGGCCUGCUUGGACUUCUGCCCCGGGGGGCAUUUCGCCGAUGGCCAGGCCGCCUGCCAGGCCUGCCAUGCAAGCUGCGCCAUGUGCACCGGGCCCCUGGCCACCGAGUGCACCGGCUGCCACGAGCCGGGGCUCCUGCACGCGGGCCGCUGCGUGGACCAGUGCCCCCCGGGCAGGGUGGCCUGCCGGGCCACGGGCCAGUGCGACCCCUGCCCGGAGGGCUGCACCUCCUGCCAGCCGGGCGGCCCGGUCCCGGGCCACAUGUGCUCGGCCCGGUGCACGGCCUGCCAAGCGGGGCUCGUCCUUUUCCAGGACCGCUGCGUGGAGGCCUGCCCGGCGGGGGAGUUCCACGCCGACUCGCGGGCCACCCUGUGCCAGCCCUGCUCGGAUGUGUGCGCCUCCUGCUUCGGCGCGGCCGACAUGUGCACGGCCUGCGCCGACGCCGGCCUCUGGCUCCAGUGGGACACGGGGGUCUGCCUGGGCGCCUGCCCGCCGGGCCAGGCCCCCACCACCUCGGGCCAUGUGUGUCUCCAUUGCAUGCAGGGGUGUGCCCGGUGCACGGCCGGCCCGGCGGCCGACGCGUGCACCACCGCCCCCGACCGGUCGCUCGCCUGCCUGGCGGCCGGGUCGUGUGACGAGUGCGCGCCCGGCCUGCUGCUCUUGGGCCGGGACAAGUGCGUGGCCGCCUGCCCGGAGGAGGGCUUCUUCGCCGACUGGGCGGCCGCCCCGGCUGCCUGCCGCCCCUGUGACCCCCGGUGCCGGGCGUGCGUCGGGCCCACCGGGGCAGACUGCGCCUCCGGCGACAACCCCGCCCGCCGUCGGCUCGCGCUCGGCCUGGGCAUCGGAUGCGGGCUGCUGCUCCUGCUUCUCCUGGCGGUGCUGGUGUUCUUCUUGCUCCGGCGGCUCCUGCGCCAGCGCCGCGCCUCGGCCAAGGAACACGACGACGAGGACGCCACCGUCAUGAACACCAUGCUGGAGCUGUCGCUCCCGGGCAGCAUCCUCGUGAGCAUCGCCAGCGACUUCGCGCCGCUGGACGAGCAGCUGGGCGCCGGGACCCAGGCGUCGGUCUUUGCGGCGCGCGCCGUCGGGGCCGGCAUCUCCGACCGGCUGGGCUGCCCGGGCACCGUGGCCAUCAAGCAACUGAAGGCCGCGCGCAUGACCCCGGCGCAGGUGACCCUCUUCCAGAACGAGGUGGCGCUGAUGUGGCUGCUGCGCGACGCGCCGAACAUCGUCCGGCUGUACGGCUACAGCGAGCAGCCGCCGGCCAUCGUCAUGGAGCGCUUUGACACGGACCUGGCCUCGCUGCUGCACUCGGACGUUCCCCUGGACCAGGGCACCAUCUUGGACAUCUGCCAGCAGUGGGCCUCCGGGCUGGAGGCCAUGCACACGCAGGGCAUCGCCCACCGGGACCUGAAGCCGGGCAACGUCUUUGCCAGCCAGCGCCCGGAUGGCUCCUGGACGGCGGCCCUCGGGGACCUGGGCACCUCGCGCAACCUCAACACCGACCGGUCGUCCACCCUGGUGAGCCAGGCGCCGGAGCUGAACGCCAUGACGGCGCGGUACGCGGCGCCGGAGGUGCUGGCCGCCUUCCAGCGCCGGCGCCCGCUGGCCCCGGAGCUCCUGCUCCCGGCGGACAUCUACUCCGCGGCCGUCAUGCUGUGGGAGUGCCUCACGCGCAUGGUUCCCUGGGCUGGCAUGAACUUCGAACACAUCAUGCUGGACGUCGUGGCCGGCAAGCGCCCCGCCGUCCCCCCCGACGCGCCACUUGGCGACCUGCUCCGCAUGGGCUGGGACUCGAGCCCCCAUAGCCGGCCGCUGGCCGCCUCGCUCCGGCAAAAGUGCGCGCACGCCUGGACCAGCCAACAGUAG